AUCACUUUAGCAACAAGGCGUCUUCUUCCUCAUUACUCCUCUUGGCAUCUCAAGACUGUCAGUUUUUCCGUUACUCCAAAACACACACAACACGUUCGCCAAAAUUCCCCAACCAAAAAAUUCGAUAGAAGAAUCCAAAAAUUCCGCCAACCACCGCCACCACAGCUCGCAACAGCUCCGCCUUGCUCCGCCGCCACGUGGCCGGAGAAUCCGAAUUCGAACCGCAUUGUUGAUUGUUUUUUAAUGCGUCAUUUAGUUCGAGCAGGCGCAUCGAAUUCGAAUCGUGUUCGGGAAUUCGGUUCUGCUAUUUUUUAAUCGUCGAGGCGAGGGGAUGGCUAUUUAAUGCCAAGAUGCGUAUCGCUAGAGGACGCUCAUUUUCAUUUUGCGUCUCGUUGUUUUCUGCUCCUUCCUCCCCCGGGAUUUUGCAUUUUCAUUCGCCUAGGUUUUCUUCUUCGAUCUCCGAUCGGUUUCCGAGUAGAAGGAAGGUCUUUCGCAGCAGAGAGGAGUCAAGUGAUAACCAGCUUUAUAAAAGUAAUACUAUGGACAGCAAAAUAAUGCAGUUUGAGAGGACUAACAGCAAUGUGGAUGAUAAGCACCCUUGUGUGUGGUCUUCUCCUGAAGGAGGACAAAUGAUUGACAUAGGAAAGCAGAUCUUUUGCAAUAGAUCUCUAAACAUGCGUAGUAUAGUUGCUGUCGGAUUUGAUAUGGAUUAUACGUUGGCGCAGUAUAAACCAGAGACAUUCGAAUCACUUGCCUAUGAGGGCACAGUAAAAAAGCUAGUUCAUGAUUUGGGAUACCCAGCUGAGUUGCUUGGUUGGUCAUUUGAUUGGACUUACAUGGUCAGAGGGCUAGUCCUAGAUAAAAAGAGAGGCAAUAUACUGAAGAUGGACAGGCAUAAGUAUGUCAAAGUAGCUUAUCACGGAUUUAGAGAGCUAUCAAAGGAAGAGAAAGUUGCUACAUAUGGGAGUACACUAAUCCGUGAUGCAUUUGAUGAACCUGAAUAUGCUUUAAUUGAUACCCUUUUCUCUCUGGCUGAAGCUUACUUAUUUGCACAACUUGUUGACUUUAAAGACAACAACCAGGGAAAAAUCCCCGCAGACUACUCUCGUAUGUAUAAAGAUGUUCGAGCUGCAGUUGAUCUGUGCCAUCGUGAUGGGACAUUGAAAAAGAUGGUUGCAAAAGAUCCCCAAAGAUAUAUCAACGAAGACUCCUCAAUAGUUCCCAUGCUAAAGAUGCUUAGAGAUUCUGGCCGUGCUACCUUUCUGGUGACAAACAGCUUAUGGGAUUAUACAAAUAUUGUGAUGAACUUCCUCUGUGGACCAAGAUCAGCGGAUGAUUGCUCCGUUCUGAAUUUUGAUUGGCUUCAGUAUUUUGAUGUUGUUAUUACUGGGAGUGCGAAACCAAGUUUUUUCCAUGAUGAAAACCGUGCCAGUCUUUUUGAAGUUGACCCAGAGUCGGGUAUGCUUCUUAAUACAGAUAAUGGAACUCCUAUGCCUCAGGUAGAUUCUUCUCUAAGGUUGCCACUAAAGAUCCUUGAUAAAAGCUGUCAAGUUUUCCAGGGAGGAAAUGUUGGCCACCUGCAUAAAUUGCUGUCCAUAGAGUCAAGCUCCCAGGUACUUUAUGUUGGAGAUCAUAUAUAUGGAGACAUUCUGCGGAGUAAAAAAGUUCUCGGAUGGAGAACAAUGCUUGUUGUUCCAGAGCUUGAGAAGGAAGUAGAACUUCUCUGGACAUUAAGAGAAACUCGCAAGGAACUUCAGUUGUUGAGGUAUAAGCGUGACCAUAUAGAGGACCAAAUUCAUCAUCUGAAGUGGUCUCUCAGGUUUGAUGGCAUGAACUCUGUCAAUAAUGAAGAGCUACUUUCUGAGCUAAAUAAAUUGGAGUGUGAGCAGGAGGGAGCACGGCUGAGUCAUCAAGAAGCGCAACGAGAAUGUCAUCAGAAGUUCCACAAGGUAUGGGGACAGCUGAUGAAGACCGGAUAUCAAAAUUCUCGCUUUGCUCAUCAGGUGGAGAGAUUCGCUUGCCUGUAUACCGGCCAAGUUAGUAAUUUGAGCCUCUAUUCACCGGACAAGUACUAUAGACCAAGUGAAGAUUUCAUGCCUCAUGAGUUCGAUAUCCUCUCCCUCUGAAGAUAUGAGCAACAAGGAAUCGACUUGUGUGAAGGUAGCGGCCGUUUAGACUAUUCACCCCAUAGAAGUUGUGAAUCAUUUUCUAGGUCCCCAAUUUCAUAAACUCUUCACUUUUGUGUCGAUAAGAAAAAGUUUUAAACUGCGACGCUGGACUACAGUGUUGACAGAGGAAUGUAAUAGAGUGUUGGCUCAAGGCUGAAAUAUAACUGUAUUAUGCUUUAAGAAAAGGUAAAUGGGUUAGCAAUUUUAUGCAUUGAAAA